UAUCACAUUCUACUCUUCACUUGGCACCUUCAUUCUUUCUACAGAGAAAGCAAUUGGAUUUUCAUGAUGCCCGGCGCUAAAGUUCAUCCAUCAUACGCGGAGUCAGAGACAUUCAUUGAGGUGGAUCCGACGGGAAGAUACGUGAGGUACCCGGAGCUUCUAGGAUCAGGUUCAGUGAAGAGAGUGUACAGAGCAUUUGACAAAGAAGAGGGAAUAGAAGUGGCCUGGAACCAAGUGAGAUUGAAGAACUUCAAGGAUGACCCUGUCAUGGUUCAUAGGCUUCACUCCGAAAUCAUGUUGCUAAGAGGCUUCUCGAACGACCACAUCAUUUCGCUAUUCGCAUCCUGGAAGGAUGACGUCAGCGACACUUUGAAUUUCAUCACGGAAGUAUGCAGCAGCGGCAGUCUGAGGGAGUAUAGGAAGAGGCACAAGAAUGUCUCCAUGAAGGCUGUGAAGAAAUGGUCAAAGCAGAUUCUAGAAGGUUUGAAUUAUUUGCACACACAUGAUCCCUGCAUCAUCCACAGAGACCUCAACUGCAGUAAUGUGUUUGUCAAUGGAAAUACCGGCCAGGUUAAGAUCGGUGACUUGGGCUUGGCGGCGGUUGUGGGGAGGAGUCACUCAGCGCAUUCGGUUCUGGGGACGCCGGAGUUCAUGGCGCCGGAGUUGUACUCGGAAAAGUACACGGAGAAGGUGGACAUAUACUCGUUUGGGAUGUGUGUGUUGGAGAUGGUGACGAGAGAGGUUCCGUACAGCGAGUGUGAAAGUGUUGUGAAGAUAUACAAGAAGGUGACGUCAGGCGCGAGGCCGCAGUCGCUGAAUAAGAUUAACAAUUCCGAGCUCAAGUCAUUCAUUCACAAGUGCAUCGCUCACCCGCCCUCUGCUAGACCUUCUGCUGCCCAGCUUCUUCACGACCCUUUCUUUCAUGACCUUCAUUCUUAG